GGGAGUGGAAAAUUAGAAUUUGUAAAAGAAAAAAAAAUAAAUAAAGUAGCCAUAAUAAUUUUUGUGUUAAUCUAUUGUUUUGGUAGGCUGUACAUCUAAGAAAAGAUGGCAGAUCCUUGGCAAGAAUGUAUGGAUUAUGCAGUUACUUUAGCAAGAAAAGCUGGGGAGAUAAUCCGCGGAGCACUCAAAGAAGAAGUAUCUGUUAUGACUAAAAGUUCACCAGUAGAUCUUGUGACAGAAACUGAUCAAAAAGUAGAAAACUUCCUUAUUUCUUUGAUAAAAGAAAAGUAUCCUUCUCACAGUUUCAUCGGAGAAGAAUCUGUUGCAGCUGGAGAGGGCAGCAUUUUGACAGAUAACCCCACAUGGAUUAUAGACCCUAUUGAUGGAACUACAAACUUUGUGCACAGGUUUCCAUUUGUGGCAGUUUCAAUUGGCUUUGUUGUUAACAAAAAGAUAGAGUUCGGAAUUGUGUAUAGUUGUAUAGAAGACAAGAUGUAUACUGCCAGAAAAGGAAAAGGGGCAUUUUGCAAUGGUCAAAAACUGCAAGUAUCAGGCCAAGAAGACAUUAGAAAAUCCCUUUUAGUAACAGAAUUGGGAUCAAAUCGUGAUCCAGAGACUAUGAAAAUAAUUCUUUCUAACAUGGAAAGACUUCUCAGUAUUCCUAUUCACGGGAUCAGAGCGGUUGGUACAGCAGCUGUGAACAUGUGCCUUGUGGCAACAGGUGGAGCUGAUGCCUAUUACGAAAUGGGGAUUCACUGCUGGGACAUGGCAGGGGCUGGAAUCAUUAUUACUGAGGCAGGAGGGGUGCUGCUCGAUGUAUCAGGUGGACCAUUUGAUUUGAUGUCUCGAAGAAUAAUUGCAGCAAGUAGUCAAGCUAUAGGAGAGAGAAUAGCCAAAGCACUUCAAGUAAUUCCUCUGAAAAGGGAUGAUGCAACUAACUGA